GCUCAGGGUGCGUGUUCUACAGCGAUUUCUACAGCGCUGCAGUUUUACUGUCCUUACGAAACCAGAGAAAAUGAAUGAUGAAUUGGUUCAACUCCAAUCUAGCUGUUACCAGAAGAAUCUGCUCAAUGCCAUGUGGCAGCUGAGGAACACUGGAACUCUGUGUGACGUCACAGUGCAGGUGGAUUAUCAAGGAGAGCUGGAGGAGUUUGAAGCCCACCAGGUCGUCUUGGCCACAUCCAGUGGUUACUUCAAAUCCCUCCUCUUAGCUGAUGGCCAAGUGAAGAAAAUAUUCUUAUGUGACAUUUCGACAAACGCUUUCACUAAAUUCUUGGAAUAUGCGUAUUCUGGGGCAAUAGAGGUUGAGAGACAUUAUAUCAACACUAUAUUGCAAAUGGCUAAAUUCCUAGACUGCCAGGAAUUAGUAGAUGUUUGUCUCUCUGAAGACUUGGACUAUGAUGAAGAAACAGCCAACGUGUGUUUGCAGAAUGAUGGAGUGGAUGUAAAUAGUUCAAGAGUUGAGGUAAAGACAAAACAAGAACGAGUGAAAGGAGCAAUAAAGAGAAAAAAGCUUUUAAAAUCACCUAAAAAGUUGGAGAAUAUGAAGGAGACAGAACAAGACAUUCAAGGCCGUAGAAGUAGUAGGUUGGCUGGACGCAGAGUGUCCGUAGACUUCCCAAUGAAAAAGUUGAAGAUCCAAAUGGAGAACCCUGACAAAUCAGAGACUGCAGGAGAAGAACAAGCUUCAGUGGAUCUCAAGGUGGAAUCAAAAGAUGGAGAAACGGUGGCUGAAAAAGAGGCUUAUUAUGACAGUGGCUCCGAGACACCUCACUCCAUCCAAGAGGAAGACCCUCAAGAAUCAGACUUCCUGCCUAAUGAGGUAAUGGAUGAGGCGGAUGAAUCCGAGAAGGAAAGCAGAAGAGGAAGUGCAAAGUACAGAUGUGAGCAAUGCAGCCGGUCUUUCUACUAUGAAAAAAGCUACCUGAAACACCUAAGUGUCAGCCAUGGAGUCAAGACGAGCACCACAUUCCGCUGCGAUGUCUGUCAGCAGACCUUCGCCAACCGCUGCAACCUAAAGAUCCACCAGCGUCACGUGCACAACGACGAGAGGCUUUUCCCCUGUGACGUCUGUGACAAAACCUUCAAACGCAAGAAGGAUGUGACGCGGCAUAAACGGCAAGUGCACGAGGGCGGCACCGACAGGCACUUCUGCCAUAUCUGUGGCAAAGCUCUGAGUUCUAAAACGGCCCUCACUCUGCACGAGAGAACCCACUCUGGACACAAACCCUUCAAAUGCAAUGAAUGUGGAUCCAGUUUCUCCCAGAGUUCAGCACUCAAGACACAUCAAAGGAUCCAUACUGGAGAGAAACCGUUCGCCUGUGACCUUUGUGAUGCCAGAUUUACUCAGAACCACAUGCUGUCUUAUCACAGGAGAUGUCACACAGGUGAAAAACCUUUCAUGUGUGAGAACUGUGGAAAGAGCUUUGCAUCCAAAGAAUACCUGAAACAUCAUAACAGGAUCCAUUCCGGAUUGAGACCUUACAAGUGUGAAACCUGCGGAAGAGCAUUUGCUCAGAGGAACUCACUCCACCAGCAUAUGAAAAUUCACACAGGGGAAAGGCCCUAUCACUGUAAGGACUGUAAUAAGCUGUUCACUCAGCUUAACGCCCUUCAGAGACAUCAGAGAAUCCACACCGGAGAGAAGCCGUAUAUGUGCAGCAUGUGUGGACGAACAUUUACAGACAAAUCCACAGUACGCCGGCACACCUUGACCCAUGAUAAACAAACUCCAUGGAAGAACUACCUAGUUGUUCUGAAGGGAAAUGUUGAAGACCGAGUGAAGAAGCCUAAAGGCACUUCUCAGAAGAAGGACAAGACUGUCAGUGUUGUACCCGAACCCCAGACUCGGCACAGCGACACAAUGAAAACCCAAGAAGUGGUGACCAUGUCCGGAGAGCCUGUGACCAUUUCUGGAGACUGGACGGGGACUGGAACCAUUGCACUGGUCAGCCACACCUCCUUGGGCGGCCUCACAGUCAUCCAGACUGAAGUCCCCGCGGGGACGCAACUUCAGCCCAUAGUCACCGCGGACGGAACCAGUGUCAUCUCUCUGGACGCAUCCGCAGUUGGCAUGCCUGUGACGGUCCCAUUUUCCAUCCCCAUCUCUGUCGCACAUUCAAUCACUGUUUCUCCGUCGAUAUCUGGUUCUGUGCCUAUUACCGUUUCCAGUCAUGUUUCAGAAGCCAUCCUAGCUCCAGUGGCUACAGCAGCUACAUCAGAAGCCGAAACCACUGAGGCUAUUCUGGUUCCAGCUCCAGUUUCUCUACCAACAUCUGAUGAAUGUGUAAUGGUAGAGGUGACAGAGGUUUCAGACUCCCAACAGGAAGUCACAGAGGUUGCACAGACUGUAGAUGAUUCAAACAGCAUAGAAAUCUCAACAGGAGAGAAUACAGAGUAGUUUGAUUCACGUACCAAUGGACUUUUGUUCUACACUUUCCAGUUGCAAAUAUUCAUUUAUCAUGUUUGCAUUGCUUUAUCAUAUGUAAAUAAGUUUAGCUUUUUUAAAAAGAAAGAAUUAAUUAUUCUAUGUAAAAUCAUGCUAAAAUGUCUGAUUGCUGCCAGUCUUGAUUUGUUACAACUGGAGAAAGAGAUGUAGAUCAUAUGUAACUCGAAUAGUAUUCUUUGAUCACAUAAAAAAAAAAAAAAAAAACAUUUUUGUUGUACAAUAUACUAUACAAUUUUGAGGAAGUGCUCAAGUUUUGUUUGAAGGAUAGACAAGGUCCCGCAUAUACCAGAAAAUACUUUGCUUUUUGUUGUUUCUAUUUUAUUUCACAUUUAUUAUGCUUCAGAUCAACACUAAGCAUUUUUCAGUAUUCUAUGUAUAAUGAUUUGCAGUAACAGCUCCCUUUAAAAUCAUUGAUUAAUAAAUGUGUCUUUUG